CUUCUUCCUUUUUGAUGGAAAACGCAGCUCACGCUCUAUCAAGUCAUGUAAAACAAAACGCAAAGAAAAAUUUUUACUGAAAGUUUGAAUUGCCUGCAUCUUACUAUAAUACAGUUAUUAGUUUUGUAUUUAGCGACAAUGUCAUAUGAACAAGAUGAAUAUGCAAAACAAUGUACAGAAGAAAUAUGUUUACUAUUUAAUAUAAAUGACAUUGAUAUUAGUAAAUAUAUUAACGGUGCGGACGAUGAACGAAAUGAAAUAGUCAGGUUGUUUGAUAAAAGUUUCCAUGAACAUGGUAUUGUUCGGUUAAUAAAUCAUCAAG